UCUAGAAACAACUUAAUCAUGAGUGGAAGAGGCAAAACCGGCGGAAAGAGCAGAGCAAAGGCAAAGUCCCGCUCCUCCCGUGCCGGACUCCAGUUCCCAGUCGGUCGUGUCCACAGACUGCUGCGUAAAGGAAACUAUGCCCAGCGUGUCGGUGCUGGUGCACCCGUCUACCUGGCCGCCGUGCUGGAGUACCUGACCGCUGAGAUCCUGGAGUUGGCUGGAAACGCUGCCCGUGACAACAAGAAGACUCGUAUCAUCCCCCGUCACCUGCAGCUGGCUGUCCGCAACGACGAGGAGCUCAACAAGCUGCUGGGAGGAGUGACCAUCGCUCAGGGAGGAGUGCUGCCCAACAUCCAGGCUGUCCUGCUGCCCAAGAAGACCGAGAAGGCUGCCAAGAAGUAAACACGCACCAAGGACUUCUAACAAACACAAAGGCUCUUUUAAGAGCCACCACACUCCAACAAAAGAGAUCUAUUCCUGUUUCAUGAUUACACAAGUGUUACUAAACUUUACCUCUCUUUUGAGGGAGCUCUUAAACACUGAAGGUUCAGUAAAUUGAAUUAUUGCUAUUA